AUGUUUUCAUUCUACAUUUUUCAUUCUUUCUUUCUUUCUUUUUUCUUUCUUUCUCUUUGCAUCAUUCUUUCUUUAUUUCUUUCUUUUUGCAUCUUUCUUUCUUUUUACAUCUUUCUUUCUUUCUUUCUUUUUCCAUCCUUCUUUCUUUCUUUCUUUUUCCAUCUUUCUUUCUUUCCUUUUGAAUCUAUCUUUUUUUCUUUAUUUAUUUAUUUAUUUAUUUAUUUAUUUUUGCAUCUUUCUUUCUUUCCUUUUGAAUCUAUCUUUAUUUAUUUAUUUAUUUAUUUAUUUAUUUCUUUAUUUCUUUAUUUCUUUCUUUCUUUUUGCAUCUUUCUUUCUUUCUUUCUUUCUUUUUGCAUCUUUCUUUUUACAUCUUUCUUUCUUUCUGCAUCUUUCUUUUUGCAUCUUUCUUUAUUUCUUUCUUUCUUUUUGCAUCUUUCUUUUUACAUCUUUCUUUCUUUUUGCAUCUUUCUUUCUUUCUUUCUUUUUGCACCUUUCUUUCUUUUUACAUCUUUCUUUCUUUCUUUCUUUUUCACCUUUCUUUCUUUUUCAUUUGCAUCUUUCUUUCUUUCUUUUUGCAUCUUUCUUUCUUUCUUUUUGAAUCUUUCUUUCUUUCUUUCUUUCUUUUUACAUCUUUCUUUUUGCAUCUUUCUUUCUUUCUUUCUUUCUUUCUUUCUUUUAAUCCCUCCUUACCCUACCAUACCAUUAUUAUCUGUAUUAUCUCCUUUUUCUUACAACCUUUUUGCCAUAAGUAUCUUUAAAUUCUUACUCUCCUUAAUCACCCCUUACCUCUUCCUUUUCUUUUUCCUUCCUGCACUAUUCCUCACCGCCCCACUACACCCUUUUUAUAUUUCACACACAGCACCAUUCCAGUUGAUUUCAAUAUUUAGUUCCCGCUGUGACAUACAACAGCAUCUUCUACCACCCCAGGGCAUAAAAUUAAGAGGGGCAGACCAACAAACAUGCAGUUCAUUUACUCCAAUAGACUCACAGUUGGAUGAGAACUCGACUUAA